AUGGAUGCCCCAACGGGCUCCAUAGAACCACAGUACCCCAUCCCGGCCCCGAAAGGAAGCAGGGACUACUUAUAUGUAGUCGGGUUCUUUGGUUUGGUCGUCCUUCUACUGGCCCUUACCUACUUUUCUUACAAGUGCAAGCGCUCUUCUUCAUCACCCACCAUCUCUUUUGGUCCCCCCAUAUAUAGAGAGGCCGCCUCCAACCGCCACCUUCUAAGAACUACUUCUCGAGGCCUUGAUGAUGAUAUUCUCGUGACUUUCCCGACGUUCCUCUACUCUGAUGAAUCCACCGUGCGUGAUGAGAAUAAUAACGAUGCCAAUAAUGGCUCCGCCGGUGAUUGCUCUAUAUGUUUGGUGAAUUAUAAGCGGGAAGAUGUUGUUCGGAAACUGCCAGAGUGUGGACACUUGUUUCAUGUAAGGUGUGUAGAUACGUGGUUGAAGGCUCAUCCUACUUGCCCCGUGUGUCGAAAAUCGCCCCUUGUUGGGACGACGUUGCCAUAUAUAAUCAAUUAA